GUUAGACCGAAUGCAUAAUCUCUUCGCGCGCAGUAAGGUUAAUAAAAUACAGUUUAUGAAGCGGUUGCUGCGUAAUCAGCCGGCACUUCGCUUCGGCGGUUCGCGGCAGAUAGUGAGGCCGCCAUUCGUUUAUUUGUAAACAGACUAAAGUAAAAGUUAAUCCAAUAUGAAAUAUAACGAGUUGGGUACAACGGGGAUGAAGGUGUCCCACGUUAGUUUAGGAGGAGCAGCCUUUAGUAACAUCUACGGGACGUUUGACGAGGAACGGAGUCUGGAGUUGAUAAGAGAAAGUCUUAACCGCGGUUUAAACUACUUGGAAACGGGACCUUGGUACGGACAAGGAAGUUCCGAAAAGACUAUUGGCAAGGCUCUCAAAGAUGUGCCCCGAGAGUCCUUCUUCAUCGGCAGCAAAGUGGGGCGGUACGAGAAAACCACGGAGCACAUGUUCGACUUCUCCGCGGAGAAGACUGAGGCGGGCGUGGACAUCACUCUCAGUCGCCUCGGCCUGGAUUACGUGGACUUGAUACAGGUGCACGACGCAACAUUCGCGCCAGAUAUCUCGAUAGUCCUGAAGGAAACUUUGCCUACCCUCGCUAAGGCGGUGCAAGACGGCAAGGCCCGGUACAUCGGGCUGGCGGACUACGACAUUGAACUGAUGAAGGAGAUCAUCGAGGAGUCUGAUGUCAAGAUAUCCUCCAUCCUCUCGUACGCCAAGUCGACUCUCUUCGAUAACCGUCUCCAGAACUAUACUCAGUUCUUCAAGAGCAAAGGCGUGGGCGUAAUAAAUGCAGCUGCGACAGGCAUGGGGCUGCUCUCUAACAAGGGGCCCCAGCCGUGGCACCCGGCCAGUGACGACAUCAAGGCCCUCUGCAGACGAGCCUCGGAGUAUUGCAAGGCGCAUAACGUUGAGUUAGCCCGUAUAGCGACUUGGUACACGUUAAAUCAACCAGGCAUUGAUUCAAAUGUGUGUGGGUUCUACAACAAGGAACAGCUGAUCGACACGCUUGACGUCAUGGACAAAGGACUCAGUGAGCACGAGAAGAAAGUUCUAGCUGAAGUUCAGAUGAGGUUUUUCGACAACUUAACUCUUCACUGGGAUGACGUUGAACUGCCUCUGUACAAAGCCAAGAUGAAUGAACUUCAACAGAAAUGAUGAAUUCCGAGUUCUAGGUUACGACAUUUUUACUUCUUUCUUACGCCCAGUGGCCUAAUUCACGUAUUUUGAAAGUCAAGAUCCCACCGACGUCCAGAAGUCGUCCCCUUGAAAAAUAGUUCUAAAUCCGUAUUCACAAGGGUCAUUUUGAUAGAACGAUUACUCGAUGGGAUCGCAACUCAGUGUUUUGUUGUCGUUGAAGUUUUGUUACGUGAAUAAGGCUACUGGUACAGACAACGAUACAUCAAGCUGGAGAAUGUGACGUCUUAUUUGUAUGUAAUUAGGUGCCAUUUGGCAACAAUUUGAACUGUGUACCUAAAUUGGUUCAAAUCGGCAUUAUGAAGUUUUAGCCAAGUUUGUAUCAUUGCGGUAUUUCCCACUCACCCAACAGAAUCCAUACAAUAACGUUAUUAAAACAACUGUGCAAAUUAAUUAUACGUCAUAAAAUACUCUUUUUUCUGCACUUCACAAAAAACGACAAUAGGCUAACUACCAAUUUUAUUACAAGGAAUAAGUACCUACAAUUUGAAACGGCACGAUUUAGGCGGUCUGAUCGCUAGGAAGCGCCCUCUUCUAGGUAACCUGAAGAGAGAUGAACUUAAUAAACCUUGCAACCAAUAUCUUUAGAUACUAACUUGGUCGUUAAAUUACACACGUUUCAAAACUUUAUUAUCUUGCUUGGCUUCAACUUUAAUGUUUAUAUUACGUAACCUGCCUAUAAACAGAUUGUAUAUUCUACAAAUUGUAUAUUUGGUGACACUACUGUAUGUAUGGAAUAUCGAAUCUAAAUAAUAACAUAAGACAAAAUGUAUAUUGUGUUACAAUGACAACCAACAUUUUAUAAUG